AUGGGAGCCCCCCGGGCAGCCGGGACCGCGGGAUGGGCCGGCGGUAGCGGCCAUGUAUGGCCAAGCCGUGGACGCACCGAGAGCAGCGACGACGACAACGACGAUGACGACAAUGACGAUGACGAGCUGGAGCUUUGCUGCCCUGUGGCGGCGCCCGUGUCGGGGUCCAGCGCGGCCAACGGGCCCGGCUCUUUCCCGACACCCGCUCAGCUCCACCUGCUGCUCUCACCCCGCCUCUCCUCCUCCUCCUCCACCUCCUCCACCUCGUCGUCGCUGGCUUCGUUAUCGCCGGUCGUGGCGGUCCGGGGUGCUCCGUCAUCGCCGCCGCCGCCGCCGCCGGUGGAGGGUAACUCAUUAACCGAAAUGGGCGGAGGGGGCCCGGCAGUGCCGCCCCAGGGUCAGAGUCUCCCCGAACGAGAGACUCUGUCGUCGCCUAGCGGAGGCGGCGGGCACACGGGCGCUGCGGCGGUGACGGCGGCGGUGAACGUUCGAGUGCCAGAAGCGAGCGGCGGCGGUGGCACCGUGGCACGGGCCAAGGCGGACGGAAUCGAGAUGUCCAAGCUGAAAGGCCUCGCUAUCAGGAGCGGUCCGAGCGCGGGGCCCACGGUGGCCCCCAGGGCCCCGGCGCCAUCUCUGCCGGGCCCCGUCACGUCCCUGCAGCUGCUGUCGCGACGGCUGCCGUCCCCGCUCUCCGUCGCUUCCGACGAGGACGAGGACGAGGACGGCCGCGGGAAACCACCUGAGUCCGCGGGGAGCGGCGGCAGCGAGGAGGCGGUGUCGCCCCGAGACAAAUCCGACGAAAUCCCGGAAGGAACCGGGCAUGGGAGAGGUAGCCCCAUGCCAGUGGAGGAAACCGAUUGGGCCUGUGGAUCCGGCGACGAAGGGGGGUCCCUGGAGGAGGGGCAGCGCGGGGAGGAGCACGACCCUUGCCGGCCGCCAAACGACGUCUGCGCCGCGGAGCCGAGCGGCGGCGACGCGGCGACGCCGAUGCCCGGCCUCGACUCGCCGAGCGGUGGAGGGGCGAGGAGCCUCCCGCCCAGCCCCCCGCCCAGCCCCCCGCCCAGCCCCCCGCCCAGCCCCCCGCCCAGCCCUCCGCCCAGCCCCCUCCGAGCCCCCCUCUGCAGCGGCGCGAGUCCAACGGCUACUCCGAUGCGUCGGCAUCUCCGCCCAACGGCCGGGCGUCCCCUGCAGGGGAGAUGCCCCCCACUUGGCAGCCCUCCGGGGACGACCUGGACGGCGCAGGAGCCAGCAGCUCCGAGCGAGCGGCCCCCGGUGCUUCCUCGGCGCCGACCUCCGCUGCCCGCGGGGCUGACCCCGAGCGCCGCGGCCGAUCUCCCCGAGACGCGGGGCGAGGGCGCGGACCCGGACUUCGAGUUGGAGGAAGCCGCCUACCGCCCGCAGUCGGUGUGGCAGAGGGUCCGCUCCUACGAGGUCCUCGGCGUCUCGGCGCCGCGCCGGCCCAGUGCCAAGGACGCCACCGCCGCAUCCGCCGGUCGCGUCUGGCCGCCCAAGCGCCGCGACUCGAUCGACGAGCCGGAUGGCAGCGGCGGGAGCGCGGCGGGUGACUCAGUGGACUUGGGGCGUGGGUCCACCAGCCCGGCGUUGUCCCUCGACGAGGCGCGGGCCGGGGCGUGGCCGGCGCCGGUCGCUCGCCCGCACACCGGUGCCGGUGCCGGCCCCGCCGAGUCGGGCCGCAAAGAUGGCCGAGAGUCGGAGGCCAAAAUUGGAAACUACAUCUUCCGGUCGGCAGGAAAACCGAAGCCGGACGGCACGGUGGCGUGGCCGCCCCGGGACGGCGACACGCUGGUGGUGCACGCACGGCCCGUCGUCAUCGUCGAGAAGGAGGCGGCCGUGCGGGGUGCUGAUGGCGACGGCCGUGCGGGCGGGAAGCAGAAGGUGGAAGUUGGCGGCGGGGAGAGAAGGGGUUUCACUGGGAGCCUCGGGUUCGACCACGGCGCCGCCACACGGGCCAAGAGCCUGCCCAGCUUGCUGGAUGACGCCGACACCGGCCGGAGGCCCGCGCCAGAGACCGCCGUCCCGCAGAGAUCUGCGGCGGGGCCCGGCAGCUUGGGCGACGGCAGGCGGGAGAGCUGGCGGUGGAGCGUGGCGGAAGGGGCCCUGACGCGGAGCUCCACCGUGGGACCCAGCAAGAACUGGCGGUGGAGCGGGGCGUACGACGUGGGACGGAGCAGCGGCGCUGAGGUGGAACCGAGCUGGUCCAUGAGUCUGCUGGAGCUGGAGAGUUGUGCGCCACACGAGGGGCGCCGGGCACUCGUGACGUCGCUCGUCCCAUGGGACCACGUGCAGCAGCUGAUCGCACAGGCCGAGGAGUGCGGAGCCACUCAGGUGUUGACCGACACGAGGGUCGUGGUUCUGCACAAGGAGGAGGGGGCGGGGCUGGGCUUCAGCAUCGCCGGGGGCCACGACAUGGAGACCAAACUGAUCACUGUCCACCGCGUGUUCUCCGAGGGUGUGUCUGCGCGGGAGGGCUCCAUCCGACGGGGGGACCAGCUUGUGAGCGUGGGGGGCCGCGCCCUGGCCGGCGCUUCGCACGGCGACGCGCUAACGCUGCUGCACGCGGCGCGGCUGCCCCCCUCCGUGGUGGUGAUCGUGCGCCGGACCCCGCUCUCGUCGCCGGUGCUUCUGCCGACGGCAUCGCCAACGGGAGCACCGGGUUUCAGGCCCGGAGGCCGCAGCGCCGCCGCCGUUGCCAGCGUCAUCACGGCAGCACUGUCUGCCGCCCCCCCAGACCCCCAGGGCCACGUCUUCACCGUGACCAUAGAGACCGCGACCUCGGGCCUGGGCCUGAGCCUGCAGGGUGGCCGUGGCUCCGUGCUCGGGGACCAGCCAAUCACCAUCAAGAAAGUCUUCCACGGUGGCGCAGCGGAGACGAGUGGCAAGGUGCGCGAGGGCGACGAGGUGCUGCAGUUCUGCGAGAGGGACCUGCGGGGGAUGACGAAGUUCGACGCCUGGAACCUCGUCAAGUCGGCGCCUCCGGGGCCCGUGACGCUCACGCUGCGGAGAGGGGGCGGGGGGGGGCGCGGCUCGGCCUUGAGACGGAGCAGCUCACGCUCCGCACCACAUUCCGUGCCAAACCACACCGCGCCGCACCACACGCCUCACCACGCACCUCACCACGCACCUCACCGAACCACACCUCACACACGAUACCACAUCACUCUGAACCACACCAAACCCACACGCUAAACCACACUGCUCCACGCCACACAAAACCACACCGUGCCACACCUCACACGCCAAACUGCACCACGCCACACCAAAUCACACCGCACGAGUCUAACUGGCUCUGCUCCUUGCGCCCUGUUACUGUUCAUUCAGCCAGCCGCGCAGCACCCUGCAGUCCUCACUACCCCACCAGCACCCUCCCUUGCCAUCAUCACCACCGUCGGGCAGCCACCUGUCACGCUGCCUCCACUUUGUGGAGACGACGGCGGCGUGCUGCCCUCUGCUGGGGCUAAAGCUGCCGGCGGCCAUUCCUGGCUGCCACUGCCAGGCAGCGACAGUCUCGGCCGGUGUGCGCGUCGCGGUGUGUGCGUCACGGUGUGCGCGUCGCGGUGUGUGCGGCACCGACCGUAGAGGGGCAUCGUUUUUUACGGAGCUGCAGGGUCAACGUCGGCCUUGGGACCUUCACUGUCAUCGGCAACCUCGUCUCCGUCGAGGGCGGGACCGGUAGCCACCGCGAAGGGUUUCGCGGUGCCGUCGUGGUUUUGGCAGGGCGCUCUGAUCGACGUUUUCUCGGGUUGUACCGCUAAGCGUCGUUCGGCACGAUGUCCGUCGUUCCGCUCCGCGUGCCAGUCACUUCAGGAAGGAAGUUCAAAAAGGAGUUUGUGAAAAAACUGCCGGCACGCGACAGGCGAAUUGUCGGACAUCACGCCCGGCAAUGCAUGGCGGUAGAACCAGAAAGCUCCCCGGAGAGCAGUGACGUUACUCUGCGGAGCGGUGGUGGUGGUGGGGGUGGUG